AUGAAUAAGAAGAAACACGUUCUUGAUGAAAAUGAUGACGAUGAUUUUGACGACCAACAUAUUGAAAGUAGAUCAGGUAAGAGAAUCAAAUUAGAUUCCUUGUUGGAAGGUUUGCAUUUGGAUGAUGAUAUGUCCACACAUCCUUUCAUUAGUCAAAAAGAGAAAUGCAAACUUGAUUCUCAAGUGCCGCCAACGUUCAACUCAAUAAUUGAUAUAGGAGGCAUAUUCAAGAAAUCAAAUGUGCCACAAUCAUACACCUCCUCACAAAUGAAUUCCUUUAUUAAUGAGCGGCUUGCUGAACAUUUCGAAAAAAUGAUUACAUCGGCAAUGAAGAUCAUUCGAUGGUAUAAUUAUAAGUUUUUAAUUAUUUUGAUUUAUAAGAAAUGGUUUGUUAAACUAUUCAACCGUUUCUUGAAAAAGUAUAAUCUAAAGAAUAACUCAAAUAUUCGGUUAUUUUCGAGUUAUGAUAAAAUAGUACGAUUGAUACCAGAGGGUUUUCUAACGUGGAACGAUCUAAAGAGUAUAAUUUAUGAAGAAAACAGAUUAGAGAUUCAAAGAUUACAAUUAAAGGAACAGAAACGACAGCUGCAAAAGGAUUCAAAGGUGAUACAGAUGGAGUCUGCUAUCUAUAAAGACUUGGGAUAUAAUUAUUGGGAUAACUUGAAUUUUGAUAAAGAUUUGGAUAUGUUGGAAGCUGACGAAAAACAAUCAAAAGUCGAGGUUCUAGAUGAUGACCCGGACAAUGAAGAUAUAGCAAUGGAAACUUAA